CUCUCCAAGGAUCUAGUAAAGCUUUUGAUCCCUUUGUUCAUAAACAUAAACCUCAUGAGGGACAAAUACGUGUAGCAAGUAAAAUGACAGAAUUAAUUUAUGAUCGUUAUUCGAUAAGAUGUUUACCUCAAUAUUUAGGAGUAAUUGCUGAUAAUAUCACCCAAGUAAAAGCCACUGAUAAUCCAUUAGUUGAUACCGACCAACAAACAGUUGUUCAUUCAGGAAACUUUCUAGGACAAUAUAUUGCCUUUUCAAUGGAUCAAUUAAAACAUAGUUUGGGUCUUAUAGCAAAACAUAUUGAUACACAAAUCGCAUUAUUAGUAUCACCAGAAUUUAACAAUAAUAAUCUACCUCCAUCAUUAAUUGAAAAUCCUAAAAAUAAUAUUCAAUUUGGACUUAAAGGUUUACAAAUUUGUGCUAAUUCUAUAAUGCCUAUUUUACUUCAUCAAGGGAAUCCUAUCACACAUUUAUAUCCAACACAUGCCGAACAAUAUAAUCAAAAUAUAAAUAGUCAAUGUUUUGCAUCAGCCAAUCUUACUUGGAAUUCUAUUGAAAUAAUGAAGCAUUAUUUGGCAGUUUCUUUAAUAUUUGCAGUUCAAUCAAUUGAAUUAAAAACUUUUACCAAUUUUCAAAAUUAUAAUACUCAAGUUUACUUAUCAUCUAAAUUACUUCCACUUUAUAAAACUAUAUAUGAAAUUCUUGGCUGUGAAAUUUCAGAACAAAAACCUUUGAUUCGUCACAAUUAUGAACAAUCUUUAGAUUCUUAUGUUCAUAAACUUGUAAAUGAUUUAAAUGACCCUAACGGAUCUAUCUUAAAAAGCUUAUGGUUUUGA